UCGGAAGUGCAGCGCUUCCCCUGCAUGUCUGAACGGCGCACUCCGGCUGUGGGCAUCCUCAGACAGGUGGAGGAGGAGACGUCCUCGAGCAGCUGAACCGCGCCGUGGUUUGACCGGGGGACUGGGCUGGGCUGCGGGACGCGGAGCGGUGGACGCGGCGCGGGCUCCGUGCGCGGAUCCUCCUGCAGCCGCCGGACUCAGAAGAAUGACACCAUACCCCCAAGCAUGCUUCGGGUGAUCUCGGCAUCCUGAGCCCCUCGCACACAUGCCUCACACUUUAAUGUGGACGCGGCGGGGACGAGAUGUAGCUGAUGAAGGAUGAGACCGCAUGGGUUCGCGCUUCACGCCUUAAAACCACGACCUUGUUUUCAGUGAUCCCCCACCGCGCUCAUGGAGAACCAAGCAGGCGAGCCGCAGAACUAUGAAGACGUGCAGAAAAGCGGCUACCUCCGCAAGCAUAAAUCAAUGCACCGGCGGUUCUUCGUUCUGAGGUCGGCCUCGGAGCUUGGUCCUGCUCGACUGGAGUAUUACGAGAACGAGAAAAAAUUCCGCAGCAAAUCGCCGGUGCCCAAGAAAGUGCUGAACCUGGAUACUUGCUUCAACAUCAACAAGCGGGCAGAUUCCAAGAACAAGCACAUGAUAGUCCUUUAUACCCGCAGCGAGAGCUUUGCCAUCGCCGCGGACAGCGAGGAGGUCCAGAACGAGUGGUACCAGGCGAUGCUGGACCUUCAGUGCAACUGUAAAACUCCUGAAGACUACGGCAGUAGUGGAGAGUGUAGCUCUCCAUCUCCUGUUCCAACUUUUAAAGAAGUAUGGCAAGUUAAGGUCUGGCCUAAAGGUCUGGGACACGCCAGGAACCUAGUGGGCAUCUACCGGCUGUGCCUAACCGAUAAGACAGUCAACUUUGUCAAACUCAACUCGGAUGUGGCCGCCGUUGUUUUGCAGUUGAUGAAUGUUCGCCGGUGUGGCCAUUCGGAGAACUUCUUCUUCAUUGAAGUAGGACGCUCUGCUAUCACUGGUCCUGGAGAAUUUUGGAUGCAAGUGGAUGAUUCUGUGGUGGCUCAAAACAUGCACGAGACUCUACUGGAGGCCAUGAAGGCCUUAAGUGAGGAGUUUCGUCAGCGCAGUAAGUCUCAGUCUGUGGGGACGUCUUGCGGAGGCGGGACUUCUUCAAAUCCAAUCAGCGUCCCGAGUCGGCGUCAUCAUCCAAACCUGCCCCCGAGCCAGGUGGGCUUCUCCAGGCGAGCGCGCACGGAGACUCCUGGAACUGGAGGAAGCAGCACGAGUACAUCACCGACAUUACGCCACGGCUUCCCAAGAGCACGGACAGCCAGUAUAGGAGCCAGGUCGGAAGAAAGCGGCGCUAGUGCCAGAGGCACAUGGGCCAGCUCCAGCCCAAGUCUAAACGGAUCCUGUUCAACAACGCCAACACUGAGGCCCAAACCGACAAGAGCCCCAACUCCUGCUAAGAUCACCCUCAGCCUUGCGCGAUACACACCCAACCCUGCUCCGUCUCCAGCCCCAAGCCUGUCCUCCAGCUCUGGUCAUGGAUCAGAGUGUGGCCUCGUGGGGGCUGCUGUGGGGGGCAUGACUAUCUGCUCCUAUCCUCGUGUUUCUCAAAGAGUUUCUGUUUCAGGCUCUCCAAGUGACUAUGGGUCCUCGGACGAGUACGGUUCCAGUCCUGGGGAGCACUCCCUGCUCAUCCCCAGUAUUUCUGGACACCACGUCCAUGGAGAAACAGCUUCCAGCUACAUAGUGAUGGGGCAGAGAGAGGCUCUUCUCGGUUCUCACCAUCGCUCCAAAGGCAGGCGGAUUCUGCGGCGGUCAUCCAGCCGAGAAUCUGAAGCGGAACGCAGGCUGCUGAGCAAGAGGGCUUCCCUGCCCAUGGCUUCCCACGAGCGCCUCACCCCACAUAGAAAAGAAGAGGACGAUGAGGACGAUGAAGAAUAUGCCAUCAUGUCACAGAAUACUCAUAGAGAGCAAGGUGGUUUACACCAGGGCUCAGGAAGCUUAGCGGGUAGAGGAGGGCAGCUUGAUGCUGGAAGGGGGGGUGGAAAAAGGGCAGGAAAAAGCAGGAGCGGAGUGGACACAGGACUAGUCGAUAGUGGAUACAUGUCAAUGUUGCCUGGAGUGACAUCUCCUCCUGUUUUGCUCUCCCUCUCAAUAGGUGUGUCUGAUUCCAGUGCUAAACCUGGAGCAGAUGACGAGUAUAUGGCCAUGACACCCAACAGUAGCGUGUCUCCACCUCAGCACAUCCACCAGCCUAGCUCAGAGGGCUAUAUGGUCAUGUCUCCUAACAGCAGCAGCUCCACAGACCUGUACAGACUGGGGAUGUGGGAUUGCAGAGCCAGUAUUGAGAGCCGAAAUGUUGGCGACUACAUAAAUGUCUCCCCUCUGAGCAGCCGCUCCGCCUGCAGCACACCACCCUCCCACCCCGAGCAGCACCAGCUGCAACCAAAAAUGCUUAAUUCCUAUUUUUCGUUGCCUCGAGCUUACCAGCAUGCUCUUUAUACCCGCUUUGAGGAUGACCUAAGCACAGCAGAAGGAAAACAAGACGUCAGUGGACAUGAAAACAUUGGAGUGGGAGGUGGGGCGGGGUACAGCAAGAAAAACAAAACUUCAGUGGGUUCUGCGGGGGGCUGCCAGCUCUCCAUGUCGUCCUCAUCUUUCUCCUCCAGCUCUGCCAGCAGUGAAAGCCUUGAAGACAGGUCAAUAUCUGCAGGGCGGGGGUUAAGUCUUAUAAGAGCCGGAGCAGAAUACAAGAGUGCGGGGACAUCAACAAAAGAAGGUCGUCAUCACCAAAAACGAGGAUCAAGUAGUAAGAGCCCUAAGCAACAAAGGAAGGGGCGACCCCUCAGUAUUUCCUUGGACAUAACGAAAGCCAACACCCUUCCCAGGGUCAAGGAGAAUCUACUGCCAUCAGCGUCUCAGGCCGUUGGUGAGUAUGUCAGCAUUGUCUUCAAGGAAGACAGUAAAUCAGAUGCAGGACGAUGUGCAGGAUCUCAGCACGGAGAACCUGUUAUCCAUGCAACUCUGCGACCCGUGAACAAACCACUGUUCUGCCCCGCCAACCUUCCCCGCAGCUUCUCCGCCCCAAUAUCCACCUCUCCCGAAUACGUCAGCAUGGAUUUGAGGAAACCCUCAUUACCCCAAACUUGUAUUAGAUCCACAUGUAGCACCCAUCAGGGCAGCCCACCAACCGUCGCCCCCCAGGCUAGACAUGAACACAGCACGCCUUCUCCUCUGGCAGCAAAAGCCAGUGCCAGAUUCAGAACAAAAAUGCCAACAGAUGUUCCUACCCACUUUAUGGACAGUAAAUGUGCAGACCCCAGCAUCUCCAUAGGACCUGCCAUCCUCCCAAAUCAGUCCUUAAAGAUGGAACCAGAGACUAGUUUGGGGUUUUCCCCUGUCAAGUCUUUCCAGUCUCCUGACCGGAGUAGCAGACUGGUCCGAGAUGACCAGCAAGGACACCCCUCUGAGACAUUCAAGUCGACCUCCUCUAUAAUACAUCACCCACCCUCCUCUACCUCCCUCUUCCCAGAGGGCAGUCAGCCAGUAGGUCAUCGGCAAGGUUUGGACUGCUCGCUGUGGGAGAAUGGGCAGUCUGCAACACCCCCGCCACAAGCCUCCACCUCAUCUGCAGAACAAGGCCUUAACUAUAUUGACCUUGACUUGGUCAUGAAGGAGAGCCCUCAAGCUGGAGUGGAGUGCUCCUCUCCAGUCUACAAUAUGGGCGGAGGUGCUAUGGGUAGCAGUGCUGGCUCUGGCCUGAACACUUAUGCCAGCAUUGAUUUCUAUAAGUCAGAGGAACUAAGAGCAAGCCAGAACAACAGAAAAGAUGGUCAAGACUGUUGAUCUCCGCCUUGGUCCGGAUGGCAACGGCGGUCAGAGCGCCACUCUCCACCUGCGAGGAGAUGACUGUCUGUUGCCACAACACAACCGCUCACUGGAGUCUGAACACUCAGACCCUGGAAGUCUCAUCCCCGGUCCCGUCUGCUGUUUUCUGUCAACCAAAUGUCUGCCAAACAAACACACACGUGCACAAUGUACACACAACACCAUGUCCAGACGGGGAAUAAGGAAAGUCGUUGGUUGGUUUGCUGUAUUUUUAGUAAUUAUGACAUUUUUGUCGUCCAUUUGUGACUCGAUUAACAGGCCACUUUUUUUAACUUGAGAAAAUCUGACAAAAUUCUAAGAAUUUCCUCCAAACAGACGCAGAAAUGCUUGAAAGCAAAAAUGCAAUCAGGUGUUAUUCUUCCUCAGAAAGCAGGUGGUUUAAGGUUUAACUGCAACCUGUCACUUUAAACUCAUUUGACCUAUUAAGGAACAGUUGCCCAUAAAAACCUACAUAUCUCCUUUUCACUGUUUUUGUGCUACUUUAAGGUUUCAAAAUUGUGUUAACUCUAACUAGUAUUAUGGUGGCUUCUUUUGUCCAAGAGACACAAGCAUCACAAUGAUAUUUUUAAGGAAAGAGUCAAAGAAAUACAGAUUGAUCUGUUUUGUAUAAAAUGUGGGGGGAAAAUCAAAAGCAAGAAGAUGUACAUCGGUUUUAUAAAAAAAAUACUUAAUAUUCCUCAAACACAUUUUUUAAGGUUUAUAAUUAUUGUGUAGCACAAAACCAUUGAAAAAAGUGGAAAUACUUUACUUGACAACCAGUUUUUUGUAUUAAGUUGUACAUUACUAUGGUAAAUAUUAUAGCAAUGCAAAUAGACUGACAAAAACUAUAGUACAUACUGUAGUUCUUUUUGCAUAAACUACCGCAUUUCUAAUAUAAAGUGACACAUUACAAUGGUAUAUAAAAUACACAGUAUACUGAUUAAUGCUAUAUAGGCUAGAAAACUAUAUACUCUUUUAUAAAGUGCCUCCUUUUUGAUUGUAGCUGUUUUUACACAGGUGAUCUGAACAUGGAACAUGGAAACGGGGAAAGUUUUUUUUUUGGUCCAAUUUUUAAGUUUGUGCAAAUGUUGCUGCCGCUCUGCUCUAAUUAGAUUGCCUUACUGUGCUUCAGAAGAAACAACCUUUUAAUUUUUGUACAUUUUUUUGCAGUGCCUAACCCUUCAGCCACAGUAAGCACACGGUCCAAGUACUUUUGAUUGGCUUCUUCUUGCAGAAAAAAACAUUUUUUUUCUUGUUUAGCGUUCCCUUUUGGAAGGUGUGUCCACAUUUUUCUGACCCUGCUGUCUUUUUUUAUUGAUUUUAUUUUUUAUCUUGUAAAUUGGGACUCAACAUUGUGUGGAUUUUAAUAGUAAAUCCAUUUUUUGAGGUUUUAACUUUCACAGUUUCUACACUAAGAGCAAAUGAGCAGUUUCCUGUAUAUAAGAUGUGAAGUCAGCAUUGGCGUUGAUUUGCUUUGGAUUUGAAAAACACCUUAAAAAAAACCCAAACCAUCCCACUAGGAGAGCUAUAAAACAUUAUCUAUCACUCUGAGGAUCCAGUUAUGGAUGGUGGUCAUCAGAGCCUGUGAAAAGACUUCUCCACAAUCAUUGGGACACUGGGUGUGUGUGAACAGGGUACAAACGAAGAGGGUUUUCCUGAUUGCUUUUCUUACACGGGAAGCUUUUUCCACAUUCAGCGGAAUCCUCGUCACCGUGCUCACCAGCUCCAUCGCUGUGACCUUGCUGCUCAAGUUCAUGCCAUUAUAGAGAAAGAGAUGCAUUUCAAGUAGCUGUUUAGUUCUUAUUCACAACUGGGAGGAUGUGAGUGCUGCUCAUGAAUCUGACAGAUCUUCAGCCUGCAGCUUCUGCGUCUGCAAAGUUUGGCUUUUAUUUUGUCACAUCACAUCUCCUGAGAUCAGGAGUGACGUUCUCAACAGACCCAUCUUUCUUUUGUUCAAGUCAACCUUUAUAAAUCUGUUAUUCUGGCAGUGCAUCUCUGGUAAUUGGGGAUUAGCGUGAUUCUCUGACUGUACCUCAUAAUCUUACAUCGGAGCAGACGCAACAGUUGGUCUUACUGUACAGCCCCCCGCAGGGCGUUUCACUAGGACCAUGCAGAAGAAGGGGUACAUUUGAGCACACGCAGGGUUCCCGCUCUCAUGGCAUCUGGUGGUGGAAGCCUCUAAGUGUGGAAAAGGAUACCAGACGUACAGUCAGGACAGUGAUCAGACCUGCAUUGAAAAGAGCAUCAUGAUUAUUUUAAAGGCGAUGAUCCUACUUUGAUAAUGUUGUAAAAAGACUGAAGAGAAAUUAUAGGUAUGUGAAGUUUUACUGUGUACAGAGGAGUUUUCUUCAGGGGAGGGCUGGGCUUGGGGAUCCUUCUAUUCCUGCCAAAAUUAUUUUAAACAGAAUAUUGAUGAUUCUUGUCUGUGAUGUAGACAACGUCAACUUUUUUUUUUCUUUUGAUAAAAGAAAAAAGUGAUAUAAAAGAUGAAA